AUGUCACCAUCACCAUAUGAUCUAGAUGAUAAAGAAGUUGCUGAAAGUAUGUCAUGUACAACAAAUUAUCCUCUUCAAUAUGAAGCCUUACCACAUGAUGAUAAUGAUGAUGUUGAUACCGUAUUUAUGCCAAUAAAAACAAAUGAUAAUGAUGAACCAAUUAAUGGCAAUCAAGAUCCACUUUUAUCACCACCGAAAUAUGGUGAUAAUCCACGUUGGUCUAAAAAAAGUCCAAUGAAAGGAUUAAAUACAUCUGGUCGUCAAGAUAUCGGUGAUUUUAGUGAUCCAACUGAAACAAGUGAUAAAGAUGAUGAUUCAACAGCUGAUGAAGAAGAACUUCCACAUACACGUAUAAAACGACGUGGUGGACGUUCACCAAAUAGUUCUCAAAUAAUAUUAAAUACUGAUUCAUUACAUGAAGUUCGUCAAUUAACUCGUUUAUUAAAUGAAUUUCGUUCACAUAAAACAAAUAUACCAUCGGAAUCUCUUCAACAUAUGACAUCACAUUCAGAUUAUGAAAAAAAACUUGAACAAUGUUGUCUACGUCUUGAACAAUUAUCAAGUAAAGUUGAUAGAAUAAUUAAUCUCGAACAAUCGGGUAUUGUUUCUCGACCAAGUCGACCAAGUCCAAAUGCAGCACCUGUACAAGUCCUAACAACUAACGAAUCACAAGCAACAUUAUCCGAUAUACAUUAUGAUCGUUUAGAAGCUAUGCUUAUUGAAAAAAUUCAAACAUAUGUACAAGGCGCAAUGAAAUCUGUAUUCGAACCAUAUAGAGAUAUGAAAGAUAAUUUACAUAAAGAUCUUGCAGCUAAAUUAUUAGCAACUGAUACAGUUAUAAAACAAACAAUUACACAAAUAUUUCGUUCAAAAACAAUGAUCGAUUCUUUAAGUCAUACAAUAUCAAAUGCAAUUCAAUCAAUAAUGAUAACAUCUUAUCGUGAUACAUUUAAUCAAAUAGUAAUACCAUCAUUUGAAAAAGCUGCAACAAAUAUGUUUCAACAAACAAAUGAUGUAUUUAAACGUGGUACAAAAGAAUAUUUACAAGAAAUGAUUGAUUAUGGUCGACAACAACAACGUUCAUUAAUUCAACAACGUGAACAAAUGAUGAAUGAAAUUCGUAAAGAAUCAACACAAUUAAAUAAAGAAUUUGAAAAGAAAAAUCAAGACUUAGUAAAUACACUUAAAAAUGAUAUUACUCAAUAUAUGACAACAAAUUUAACAUCUAUAAUUCGAGAAACAACACGAUCCAUAUUACAUGAUGAAACAACUGUAGUCUUUCGUGAAUUAUUAACUGCACAAAAAACUGAUAUAAAUAAUUUACUUCGACAAUCUCUUACUUCAAAGCCAACAAUAAGUCGAACAACAACUCCAACACCUGCUGUUCCUGCAAUUUUACCAUCAUCAACUAUAACAAGUACAAGUUCAACAUCAGAUGUUAAACAACAACAUGUAUUAAAACUUGCUCGAUUUAGUCAAUUAAAUCAAGCAUUUGAAUUUGCAUUAUCAGCAUCGGAUUUAAAUCUUGUUUUAUAUUUAUGUGAAAAUGUUCGUCCAACAGAACUAUUUUCAAUUCAACCAUGUCCAUUACAAACUCCUGUUCUUCUUUCUUUAAUUCAACAACUUGCAGCUGAUUUAAAUACACAUCAAGAAUUAAAAUAUAGUUAUUUACAUGAAGCAUUAGUUUGUAUUGAUUUACCACAUCCAAGUGUACGGGAUUAUUUACAAACUGUUUUAAUUGAUCUUUGUAAAAAAUUAAAUACAUAUAUUCAAGCAAAUCCAUCAACAACAAUGGCUAAACGUUUUCAAUUAUUACUUAUGGCAAGUCAAAGUUUAGUACAAAAAAUUGUUCAACAACGAGCAACACCGAUAAUUCAAACAUCAUCAUCAUCAUCAAAAUAG